AUGAUUUGCUUGGCUCUGGCUCCUGUUGCCCUGGGAGCCAUAGAUUUCACCCCAGCUGGAAUAGCAGCAAGUUCCUAUGCUGCAGGCAUUCUGCCAUAUGCUGCUAUUGUCAAGUACGAAGAAGUGGCAGCAAAGAGUCUGGUGGAUGUUUUGCAGUCAGCAGUAACAGCUGUAGCUAUUGCAGCAGGCGCUGGUGGAGCAGUGGUCUCUGCUCCGUUUGUUCUGGGAGCCAUAGGUUUCACCUCAGCUGGAAUAGCAGCAGGUUCCUACGCUGCAGGCAUGAUGUCCACUGCUGCUAUUGCUAAUGGAGGAGGAGUUGCAGCAGGGAGUCUGGUGGCUAUUUUGCAGUCAGCAGGAAUGGCUGGUCUGUCUGGGACUGCUACUGCAGCCGUGGCCAGUGCUGGAGGAACGGUGGGAUUUUUGGCUACUCUCAUCUGAGAUGAAGCUGGAAAUCAUGAAGGGAUAAUACAUACGAGACAAUGUAUUUGCUUUUGUAAAUUAGAAACAAAUGCCAACAAUAUCAGUGAAGUCGAACUUUAUCUGUCAGUAAAGUAAAACUUGACUGAAAUCUGUGGGCAAAAAAUGUUUCUGUGUUUUUACAAAGCACAUUUAUAUUGUCAAAUUGUCCAAAAUAAAGAGUAACAAUGAAGGAAUAAUGA